AUGAAAGAACUUAUGGCACCAGCGGCCACAGCACAGAACGCUUCUGCUGAGCUGCUGUGCAGCGCGACAUCGCUGGCUGUUUGCGUGGGUUGCGGCGCAAUGCGGCCUCGCCAUCGCUGCAGCGGCUGCAGAAAGGCACGCUAUUGCUCUCGCGAGUGCCAGCUGCGGGACUGGAAGCGCGGCCACUCCCGUGAGUGUAGUAGAAACACGUAUAAUUCUUUAAAGCUAACGAGUUUCGCAAUAAAUAAUAAAUAGGCUUCCUUUUCUUUCGCCAAAAAACGCAGUCUUGCGUGUAACCUACACGCUUUAUAAAGUUUUUCUCAUGAAAACUUCUCAACAGCUUCUCAACAACUUCUUCACAAAUAUCGCUACGAACAUCCGACCAGCUUCGCUAAUUUUUAAAGGCGUCAUGCAAUUAAGGGGUUAUACGAGGAAUGUUCGUGACGCCUCCAAAAGAUCACUUGCAGGAGACCGAAAGCUUUCAGCGGUAAGGCGCGGCCGAAGUAUGCACAGCCAAACUUAUUCGCGACUGCGCACGCGGCCACGAAUCGAGACUCAAGAAACCCUUGAGGCAUCGCCUGCGGGCUGGUAGAGAAAUUGGCGCGCCCACAAUUCAAAUCCGCAUCAAUUCCCCGAACAAACCCAGUCGCCGACUCCCGGCCGCCAACUUCUCAGCAGCGGGCUGGGAAGUUGGUGAAAAGGUUGGGGAGAGGUUGGUGGGAAGUUGGUUAGAAAUACGCGAGAAGCUCAAGCUGGUGAGAAGUUGGUGAGAUGUUCGAUGCAGAAAAAAGCGGGAUCUAUACGAGUACGAUACUUUUGCACAGGAUAUGCCAGCUGCGGGACUGGAAGCGCGGCCACUCCCGUGAGUGUAGUAGAAACCUUUGCGGUAGUACGGGGACGUUGGAGCUGCGGGAACGAUCUGAUAGCUGUCGCACCACGAAUGUAGUACGCAGAACGCAAGAUGAGCGCGCGAGUAGUCGUGACCCUCCUGGCGCCGAUUCGGCAAGCUCGUAUGCAGUGGAGCGAGAGGAAGCUUGGAAAAUGAUGGAGCGUCUGGUGGCGGCGCAGGAAGAAGGCGAUGUUGCGGGCAAUAAAAUUCGCACGGACGCCGAUGUCUAUGUUGCGGAGACGCUGAAACAUGCACAGGAGGAGCAUUUGGGCAGAAAAAAGACCAAGAAGGUGGAACUUGAGCUACCACGACACAAAGGCGGAAGGCAUGCGGAUGAUAAUUGUGCGACGGCAGAGCAUCAGCAUUGCGAUUCGCCCAGUAACAUUCUCGACGAAAUUGGAGACGCCAGCGAUCUCAGUAGCGAAAUGUCACCUGGAGGCGAUCUGCUUCCAUUCUCCCCUGUCCCAUCAUCAGAUGAAGAGAAGGCAGUCUUUUGAAAAGACGCGACCACAACUUGUUGCCCAUUGAAACUUUUGAAACUUCUACCUAUAAUGCGGUCCUCCUUUUUGCCACUUGAUGCAAGACAUUCUUCCGCGCGUCGUCGUGUCGUCAGUCACUUACUUACCACACUAGUGUAGACACCACGUCCAUAGCUGUUGUGUACUCGUAUCAUUCAUCGGUGCCGCUCAAAUUAAUUGAAACUUGUUAUGACUGUGAGCGUCGAGG